AAUGAAUAUAUUUCAAGCAAAUUGUUGAAAAACCAUAAAAAGUGUUUUGUGGCAAAUAAAAAAACAUAAAUUUUUGGAUUAUUAAGACUAAGCCUACACAAAUUUUCUGGCAAUAAAUUUUCCUGCGGAUUACUUUGCCAACAAACCAUAAAAAGAUUUAUGGACAAAAAUUUAUUUAUUUAAAAAAGAAAAAAACGAAAAAACAUAACAUCAUUCAUAAAAAUAGAGUAGUUUUAUUGGUGUUUUUGCGCUCAUUACAUAUAUUUGUGGAUUACCUUUAGCCAUUAACUCGUUGUGGAUUAGUAGCUGUUAACUUCUUGGCAUAUUGAAGUUUUUAGUAAAAUUUGCCUACCACCCAGUCCAAUAUAUAAAAUAACAUCAUAAUGGUGGUUUUAGAAGGUGGCGGUGGUGUUGUUACCAUCGGCACUAAUCAAUAUUUACAACCGGAUUAUUUAGCACCAAUGCCUGCAACGAUGGACGCUAAGAAAAGUCCUCUCGCCUUAUUGGCUCAGACGUGCUCACAAAUCGGUGCUGAUUCGUCGGCCGUUAAACCUUUAUUGUCAAUAGAUAAAUCAAAGAAGUCUGGCUCGACUUCAUCGGCUUCAUCCACGUCAUCAAGUGUUGGCUCAGAAGCAGGUUCAGCCAAAUCGCCGACACAAGCUAAAUCUCCCAAGUCUACUACACCGACGACCACAGAAGUCAAGUUGGCAUUUAAGCCUUACGAAACUAACGUUUUAAGUCAACAAAAUCAAAAUACCUUCAAAUCGGCAGCACAGUUGUCGAUAUCAGCGGUAAAUAAUACAACAGUUGACGAUCAACAAUUAUUGCAACAGCAGCAACAACAGCAGCAACAACAACAACGCCCGAGCUCAAAGGCUUCUUCACAUUCGGGGGAUAUCAAUACAAGAGUGCCAUCGCGUAAUAAAACGGAUGCAGAUAGCCCCGAUAUGAAUUUAGGCAAAUCUCAAGAUUUAAGUUCAACACAUCAAGAUAAUAAUCGCAAAACAGUGUCACCAUCGGGCUCAUCACAACGCGGAGCUAGUCCUAUAGUGCGUUCUGGUAUGGAAGUUUUAAACAAUGCCAACGGUUCGGCUCAACACCCUAAAGAGAUGAGUAGCAUGGCGGCGGCUGCGGCUGCAGCAGCUGCUGCUUAUAAGGCGGCAGGCGCACCCUACGGUUUAAAUCCUUUAUCCGCUUUAUGCUGUCCUCCCGGUAUGGAGCAACACGCCAAUCCAGCCUUUCGUCCACCAUUUGCAGCCGGAGGAUUUUCGCAUCAUCAUGCCGCUAUGCUUGCUGCAGCCGCCGCUAAUGGAGCUUAUUCAGGUAAUCCUAAUGGUCCAGGCGGAGGUGCUCAACCAAAUCCCUAUAUAACCUAUCAACGUAUUAAGACACCAGCUGGCGGUGAGGCUAUUAUACCUGUUUGCAAAGAUCCCUAUUGUCCGGGAUGUCCGUACUCAGCGCACAAUCAUCAAAUGCUGGUUGGUGCCCCUUGCCCGGCAGGCUGCACGCAAUGUGAACAUCAAAAGUACGGUCUGGCCGCCAUGAUGGGUGCUGGCGGAGCUGGUUUGCCGCCGGGCCAUCCAUACUCACAAGCUGCUGCCGCUGCGGCGGCCAGUGCUGCUGCGGCGCGUUCCGCUCCUUAUGUCUGCAGUUGGGUCGUAGGUGAUGCCUAUUGUGGAAAACGUUUCCAAACGUCUGAUGAGCUUUUCACACAUCUGCGCACUCAUACCGGGAAUUUGUCAGAUCCUGCUGCUGCUGCCGCUGCUUUGGCGCAAUCGCAAGCUCAGUCUUUGCUUGGCACUCUAUUUACACCGUCAACUCUACGAGGCGCUUAUCCUACUCCACCGCUUAGCCCUAUGUCGGCAGCGGCAGCCGCAGCUGCUGCUGCACGUUACCAUCCUUACGCCAAACCACCUAGCGCUUUGGCUGCAGCUGGGCCCUCGCCAUUCGCUACGCCAGGAGGUUUCAAUCCAGCUGCCGCCGCCGCUGCUGCAGCGCUUGGACCUUAUUAUUCACCUUACGCCAUGUAUGGCCAGCGUAUCGGGUCAGCAGCUGUGCAUCAGUAAAAUCCUAAGCAUGUCUAACGGCCUCAAGGGCCGGCAUAAAAGUGAUGAAAUAUAAACUCAUGAAUAAAAUACCAAAAAAUUGAAGACAUAAAAGUGCAUGAAUAAUACACAGAAAUGGAAAAGUGUUUUAAAUAAGAAAAUACACCAAUAACAACAACAAAAAAUAGAAGUUGAAAGCCGUAAAAUGGUAGCCGCAUCCAUGUGAUGAUCUCCAACCGACGGUAAUGAUCAAUUCUCACUGUGAUACUAAAAUGUAGAAGAGCGCUAGUUUUGUUAGUUCAUAAUAAUAAUAAUAAUAAAGAAGAAGAAGCAUUAGGAUUACAAUUUAAAAUAAAAUUAAUAAAAUACACUGAGAAAAAUACAAUCAUUUUUUUUCUUUCUUUUAUCGAUUUAAAGAAAAGCAGCCAAAGUAUUCAACAACAUUUCUUUCAAGUUAAUAGAGAAAUAACUAAAGAUCACAAAUACUUCCAUGUUUUCGUUUUUCUUUCCUUAUUUUUUUUUUUUUUCUUAAUUUUUGUUUAUUUUGUUUGGCUU